AAUUAUCUUACGACCUUUUUACUUUCUCUCAUGAGGACCCUGCUCAAGCCAUUGGCUAUCCAUGCAGCUUACUCGCCAAUUGAGACCAUUGUUUUCUUGUCUGUCUGCGGGACUCUUGCCUACCUCCACAUCCUCAAUGCAGUAAAGCACUCUGCAUUUCUUGCCCCACCACCACCAACUCGCUCUGCGUACGCUCUUUAUAAUUCGGAUGAAUGGCUUCCAGUGCGCGAGUCAGUUUGGCUCCGUGACGAGCAGGUCCCUCGCUUAGACCUCCAACAAGUCGUCUUUACUGGCCACCGGCUAGAGCGACCCUCGCUAGAGAACGCGACCAAAUACAUCUCUUCCACGUACCCAGGCUUCCAACAUAUCCGAACUUCUCAGGAUUCAUGGACUCAGACCAUACAACUCAACUCAGACUUCCACUUGCGCUCGCUCCCAGCGGACAGCUGGGGCAUCGCAUACGAAGUUCAAGCUCCUGAAGAAGCUAUUUCUCAAAUGCAGACCGGUCGCUGGUUUCCAUACGCUGUCAAAGUGCUGGUCUUGAGGUUUUAUGAGCUCGCCAAGAAAACACCCACUCCUGACAUCAUGAUCAUCCUUUCGGGUUACAUCUUCAUGCACUUCACAUUCUAUCUGCUCUGGGCUCGUUCGCGAGCUCUGGGCUCAUCAUUCUCUCUGCCUGUCGCCAUCAUCUCGUCCUCAGUAACUGCUUUACUCCUUGCAGUGCCGGUUGCGAUGCUUCUCCACAUUCCAAUGCAUCCUGUGGCUCUCACCGAGGCUCUACCAUUCUUGGUAUGCACUGUUGGAUUUGACAAACCACUUCGACUUGCCCGUGCCGUUUUCACGCAUCCGCGAGCUCUUCGACCAGCAUCUACGCCUGCUGGCGAAGUUGUGCUUGACGCGUUAAGCGCCACAUAUUAUCCCAUUGUGCGCGACUAUAUCCUCGAGAUUGCCGUUCUCGUUGUUGGUGCCAGCUCUCGGGUGGCUGGUCUGUCGGAAGUUUGCGCUCUUGCUGCUCUUCUUCUAGCCCUCGACUGUCUGAUGAUGUGCACUUUCCUGGCCGCCAUCUUGUGUGUUAUGAUUGAGGUUCGCCGUCUUCCCCCACCAGUCGCUCAGAAACCAUCAAUGUGGUCUCGUUAUUUCGGGCCUAAAGGCACUCUUUUGCCUCCAAAAGGUUCUCUUGCCGGGAGUCAUCCAAGCAAGCCCACAACCACACCAGAAAGCCCUGUUGCACGACUAAAACUCUUGCUGCUAGUCGCCUUCCUUGGGCUCCAUGUCCUCAACUUCUCAGCUCCGUUCGCUCUUCCGCCACCACCUCCCCGACCAUCCGCAAUUCCUGCGCAUACAACUCCACUCGAUUGGGACAUUCUUACUCGUCUAACCCCACCUGUUUCUUCUGAAACGGAUUCCCCUCGUCUCCUUGUCCGUCUACGCCCACCAGUCACUCUCCGACUAGCCCGAGACAGUCGAUUCCCGAUUCCCGUUGGUGCUCGUAUCGAUACCGCGCUCUCUACAUGGACGCGUCUAGUUGGUGACCCAGUUUUGAGCAAAGGCAUUGUCGUUGUCCUGGCGAUCAGUGUCCUUCUCAACGCAUAUCUCAUCCGUGGUGUCGCUCGUGCUGGCGCGGUUCGUGGUGGCGGGGUUCGGUUUGACGGCGAGGUUAAAGACGAGACCGGGGCAAAACAAGUUAAGAAAGAGAAGGAACCUGCGAAGGAAGUCGAGCAAGAUGGUUGGGCCAAAGAUGUUGCCGCAACGUCCGCGGCCACUAUCGGCAAUGCUUCAUCGGAAGAAAAGGUUGUACCGAUAUCGAUUGUUCACGCGCAAACCCCUGCGCCGACUGCUGGUGCCGUUCCAACCUUCUCAUUGGAUGAUGUUGACCGCCGGUUGCGCGAGCGAGGUAGGACGAUGAGAAGUCGGACGCCAGCUCGAAAGGCCAUAAUCGCCGAUGACGACGAAGACGACUACGUGGACUCGGACUUUGACGAAGUGGACCGCGAGCCACGACCACUCGCAGACCUCAUUGCCCUCAUGGAGAGUACCCCCAAAUCGGAUGGCCUCAGUAUGAUGAAUGACGAGGAAGUCGUCUUACUAGCACAGAACGGCAAAAUCGCCCCUUAUGCUUUGGAGAAAGUUUUAGCACCUGCCCAAGAACUUCUGGGACUUGAACGCGCAGUUCGAGUUCGUCGUGCUUUGAUUUCUCGCGCCUCACUCACACAAACCCUUGAAUCAUCUGAUAUUCCCUUCCAAGACUACGACUACGGCAAAGUACUCGGCGCCUGUUGCGAGAAUGUUGUUGGAUACAUCCCACUCCCGCUCGGCAUCGCAGGUCCUUUGACGAUUGAUGGUGUCUCCUUCCACAUUCCGAUGGCUACUGCGGAAGGAACACUGGUUGCAUCGACUUCACGUGGCUGCAAGGCUCUGAAUUCCGGCGGAGGAGUCACGACAGUACUUACCCAGGACGCUAUGACUCGCGGGCCAGCAAUCGACUUCCCUUCAAUCGUCGAGGCGGCUCGUGCCAAGGCGUGGAUUGCAUCACCGGAAGGUCACGGAGCGCUCAAAACCGCCUUUGAAAGCACUUCCCGUUUUGCCCGUCUGACUGGUCUGAAGACCGCAAUGGCGGGACGGACGCUAUUUGUGCGGUUCGCGACAGCCACUGGCGACGCGAUGGGUAUGAACAUGAUUUCCAAGGGCACGGAAAAAGCCCUGGAGGUGAUGCAGGCCGAAUUCCCCGACAUGAUUGUUCUUGCUCUAAGCGGAAAUUAUUGCACUGAUAAAAAGCCUGCUGCGAUCAACUGGAUCGAGGGGCGGGGAAAGAGCGUUGUUGCGGAAGCGGUCAUUCCGGGCAAAGUUGUCAAGAGUGUGCUCAAGACCACAGUCGAGGCGUUAUGCAAUCUGAACACCAAAAAGAAUCUCGUUGGGAGUGCUAUGGCAGGAUCAAUUGGCGGUUUCAAUGCGCAUGCAGCCAAUAUUCUGACGGCAAUAUUCCUUGCUACUGGUCAAGACCCUGCUCAGAACGUGGAAAGCUCAAAUUGCAUGACACUUAUGGAGCCCACCAACGACGGACAGGACCUGCUCAUGACCGUUUCUAUGCCUUGCGUUGAAGUAGGGACUGUUGGUGGCGGAACUGUACUUACCCCUCAAGGCGCGGUACUCGAGAUGCUCGGUUUACGGGGGGCUCAUCCAACAAAACCCGGGCAAAAUGCGCAAGGGUUGGCGCGUGUCAUUGCAUCUGCUGUUAUGGCCGGCGAGCUCUCGCUCAUGUCAGCGUUGGCGGCGGGACAUUUGAUUCGAGCCCAUAUGGUCCACAACCGUUCUGCCCCGCCUACCCCCGCCGCAUCUCAACCUGCCACGCCGGGGAUCGAGGCGCCCGUUGCGGGCCAUCUGCCAUCGGGUGGUCCUGGUCCAAAAUCGGUUGCUGCAUUAACCCCCUCUUCCUCGACUGCGUCGUUACCGCCGUAUUCACGGACAUAG